UUUAUGCACACCGCCGUCGCCAUUUGUGAUUAUUAUGAAGAUGACUGAGUGAAUUUGGUGUUUGGAUUUCGAGCUUUGGACGCAUGUGUAGGAGACAAUCGACGCGGAAAUUCAGUGUGCACGUAGGACUGACAUUCACACUUUAGUGUGACGUAUUUCUGUGUUGAUUCUAAACGCCUCCAAAUGGAUAGUUUAGUUCGAUUCGCCUCGUCCGCUGCGACAACGGGCAUGGAAGAUCAACAAAGACUUCUUCACCAGGGACAAGUUAGCAUGGCGAGUGGAGUCAUGCCUCAGCAGACUGGAUACGACCAAAACAUGCAGCAAUCUGGGAAUCCUUCCGAUCCAGACCAGCGCAAACAAGAAAUUGGGGAUAUACUUCAACAAAUCAUGACUAUCACCGACCAAAGCUUGGAUGAGGCUCAAGCCAGGUGGGUCGACAGGAAACAUACCCUUAAUUGUCAUCGGAUGAAACCAGCGCUUUUCAGUGUGUUGUGCGAAAUCAAAGAAAAAACUGUACUGAGUAUUCGCAAUACACAGGAGGAGGAGCCCCCAGAUCCCCAGCUCAUGAGACUGGACAAUAUGCUGAUAGCUGAGGGGGUGGCAGGACCAGAGAAGGGGGGUGGGUCGUCAGCAGCGGCCAGCGCAACAGCUGCUGCAUCAGGGGGCCAGCCAGACAGCGCCAUUGAACAUUCAGAUUACAGGGCCAAAUUGGCCCAGAUCAGACAGAUAUAUCACACAGAGUUAGAGAAAUAUGAACAGGCUUGUAACGAAUUCACAACACAUGUGGUCAACUUGUUACGGGAACAAAGUCGAACGCGACCGAUAGCGCCGAAGGAAAUUGAAAGAAUGGUCAGCAUUAUCCGUAAGAAGUUCUCAGCGAUUGAAAUGCAACUGAAACAGAGUACAUGUGAAGCUGUGAUGAUCCUCAGAUCACGGUUCCUAGAUGCCAGAAGAAAGAGGCGUAACUUCAGCAAGCAGGCAACAGAGAUACUGAAUGAAUAUUUCUACUCGCACCUCAGUAACCCAUACCCUUCAGAAGAAGCAAAAGAAGAGCUGGCGCGGAAGUGUGGCAUUACCGUAUCUCAGGUGUCUAACUGGUUCGGUAACAAGCGGAUCCGUUACAAGAAGAAUAUCGGCAAGGCGCAGGAAGAGGCCAACCUGUACGCAGCCAAGGCAGCAUCAGCAGCUGCAUCAAACACCCCCGGCGGAGAUAGUGCUACAGCUCAAGGUGCAGCUGGCUUUGCGACCUCCCAGUCUGGAAUUGUGGGUCAACAACAGGGGAUGUAUAUGAACAUCAACGGAGAGAGUUAUCAAGGGGGAGACAACUCGGUAGGAGCUAAUGUUCAGUCACAGGUGAAUGCACUACGGCAUGUUAUUUCUCAGACUGGGGGUUACAACACAGAUGGUAUCCCAGGAGGCACUGGCAUGUACGAUCACAUGCAACAACAGAAAUUUCAUCUGAGCGGGGACGAAUCGGACGCAUACGAUGAAGAGGAUCAGCAAUACUGAUGGAGUUGAGAAGAGCGUAGCAAAUACGUUACGUAGACAAGACUCUUGAAGAUAUAUUUCUUUACGUUUUAAGUGCUCAUUAAUUAGUAUUAUUUGAAGGACAGAACUGUUGACUGGGUGCAGUUUUUAAGAGACUUAAAGGCAACAUACAUUUAUAUCAUGACAGUUUUUUAACAUGCAAAUUUUUAUUGGAUGAUUUUAUGUUUGGUUGUAGUCAAUGUCUAUUUGUUUUGUUUGUAGAAUUGUCAAAUCUCUAAAAAUGUACACUUGAAGAUUCAUGCAAUAACCUCUCAUGGAUGUGAAAGAAUUUUUCAAAGUCAUAGCAAUAUGCCGAAAAAAAUGCCGAACUCUAAAACAAAGAAUAUCAACCAAAGAAGCUCAUAAUAAGAGCUAUGGCCAAAGUGCCGGGACAGUUGGAACUUGUGUUCGGAUCUACAGUCGUGCAUCAUGGGAACUGAUGGUAUUUCCUGUUAAGUACCAAGAAGAAUUCUUACGGACAGAUAUCAAUAGUUCUUGUUUGGAAUGAAGUGUGAUCUUGUCCUCUGUAAAGAAAUAAGUCUUAUGUCUGUGAAACAUCCCAGCAAGCAUAGACUAGUUUCCGGAUGAUUGGUACAAGCAAGCAUAGGCACAGUAUGCUUCAGGACAAAGCAUGUUUGUGUGUCUACGAGUAUGCAGGCAGAAAUCAUACAGUGAUUUAUCGCACUGUAAGUCAAAGGCCAUUGUUGACAACAGAUUGUGUGCUUGAUUGUUAGCAGCAAGCAUACUCUAUGCUCAUGAUUGUUCACAGAAAGUAUACAGGUCUAUGCUAAUAUGGCCACAUGUAUGAAGUGUAUGCAUGCUUGGUGACAGCAAGCACACUAUUUAAAUAUAUGUGUGCAUGUUAACUGCAAGCACACUAUUUAAAUAUAGGUGUGCAUGUUAACUGCAAGCACACUAUUUAAAUAUAGGUGUGCAUGUUAACUGCAAGCACACUAUUUAAAUACACUAUUUAAAUAUAUGUGUGCAUGUUAACUGCAAGCACACUAUUUAAAUAUAUGUGCAUGUUAACUGCAAGCACACUAUUUAAAUAUAUGUGUGCAUGUUAACUGCAAGCACACUAUUUAAAUAUGUGCUUGCAUGUUAUAUCAGGCACACUGAUGUGUAUGCUUGUUUGUGAACAUGUAUGCUUGUAUUUAACCAUCAAAACACUUCAUUGUGGAUGCUUGUCUUUUAACAGUGUAUGCUUGUAUGUAAGAUGCAAGCACAGGAUCUGUUAUGUAUGUACUUAGUCUUGGACAACAGGCUUGCAGUUGUAUGUAAGCUUGUGGCAACAUCAAGCAUACAUGAUGGUGAUUAUGCUUGCAUGUGGAUAGCAGGCCUUCAAGGCUACCUGUAAGCUUGUAUUGUAUGUAGACCGGAGAAAAAAGGGUAAAUUACUGUAGGAUUCAGCCAGUAGUAUUUUGAAGAAGACGAAAUCAAAAUAAGGCUGACCCAUACUUGAAUAGAGUGAAUUGUGUAUUAUUGUAUUGUCAUUUACCUUCUGUUAUGAGAAAACUUUUAUUUCUUAAGAAUGAAAGAUUGGAUGUAGUUGUGGCAGGUGUUGUUGGCUUGUCCUUCAGAAAUCUCACACAACAAAUGUCAGAGGUGGCAAACAUGGACUGUCCAUCAGAAAUCUUUACUUUCAAUGACCACUGUUAAAAGCUGCUCCUCCUUAAUUAUUAUACACUUUCAAGCAUUAUGGUUGAAGAUGUAGGUGAACUGUCAUGUUGUAGCACUGAGGAUGCCAAUCAAAAUUUGAAAAUACUUUCCACACAUGAUGGAUUAAUUUUUUGUUUUCAAAUUUUAAAUCGGGAAACACAUCGGUGUGUUCAGAUUAGCAAUAUUUCUGAAGAUAUAUUAGCAAUAAUUCUGAAGUAAAAUUCCACAAUUUAAGAAACAAGAAGUUAUCAAGAAUGGUGUCUAUACCUUGAUUCAUGAAGACUAGACGGGAACAGCUCAUUUUGGAAAGAUGAAUCAGAUCAUUGAUCCAUUAUCAAUCUCGCUUUGGUAUAGUGAUUAUUGGGGAUACUUGUUGAGGCAUGUGAGUUUCUGAAGGAUGACUUGACAAUGUUUGCUGACACUAUGUACGAGGUGCCAUGUCAUCUGAUAUAUAACUUAUAUUGAAAGACUAUCAAGUGCUGCAGGAACUCGAGGAGCUGCUAGACGCUUUGUUUUCCUGUUUCAUUGACUGUGUCAUUUGGUUUUCGUCCGUCUGUAAUUAUUGUCCAAAUCUUACCACUUCCAAAUACAACUGUCUCCGUUUGUUUUUGGCUGUAUGUGCCAUUGUCAGAUGAUAUCCAGGUUUUGGCUGAACCAAACAUUAUGCCUGUUCCUUUGAAAAACACUAUUCACUUUGCUUGUUUUUGAAGAAUUUUGUUGUUACUGAAUUAUUUCAUAAAUUAUGUAUACAUUUACUCUGUUACGAGUCCGGAUGUAUGAAAUGUGGUAGUAUUGUUUGGUAGUAGCCGAAAGAUUAUAUGAAUAUUAUGGAUGUCAGAAUUACCUCCCUUUGGUCAUAAAAAAUAUUUUGGAGAGAGUUGUAUGUGGAAGACAAGUUUGUUCUUUGCAUAAUCACAGGGACUUGUUAGUGAAUACUGUGUGGUACAUAGCUUUAAUGAUGACCAUUCCAAAACGUAAGCUGGGAUAGCAUGUGCAUCUUAUCUAGAUGAGUGACGGCAGGCGGUUAGUGGGAAGUCAGAUUCUCGACAUACUCAAUUCAGCAUCAUUUGCUGUGACAUUGUAGUUGAGAACAAAUGUUCAAAGCUGAUAGAAUCAUAACAAUAUAUUGCUAAAAUACUUUAAAAAUAGACAAAUUCAUUAUGUUUUAUUUCAUUGUCAGAAUCAUGACAUUAUGUAAAACAUUUGAAAUAAUUCAUGUUAUCACAAAGUUGUCUUGAUUUCCCAUUCUCAUUAUCUUUGUGUUAUGAAUACACAUUUGACAGAUAAUACCCAAGUCUUCAUGACCUUGACCUUCAUUGUUGAGACAUUGGCUGCCAGUCACUCAUCUAGAUUUGAUUGCCAAGUUAUCGUAUUAAUUAAUAUGCGGUGCUACCUCAUCAUUGAGAAAAUGUCAAACCAACAAGUAAAAUUAAAACUAGCUUGCAUGCAAAUAUCUCAGUAAUUGCAUAGUCAAUAACAAAGAUAGCCAAAUUGUAGAUUUAUUGUUCUGCAGCCAGACUGACGUGACCUUUGUAGGUCAUACAAAGGUCAUGAGGUCAUUUCAGUCCUAUAUUGUGUGAAAUUUGUGUACUGUACUUCAAAAAAAAAGACAAACAUGCAUUAAAUGUGUAAACGUUUA